GCAAAAGAAGAGUUCUGAGGACUGAGAGAAAGAGAUGCAAGCUAUCUCGAAAAUAUCUUCUGCGGCCUCCUUGUUUCGAUGUUCAAGGCCAUGCGUGAGACAGCAGCUUAGCCUCAGAAAAGGUCUUGCCUUUGGUGUGACGAAGUUGUUCUCCUCGCCUCUUAAGACUUUCUGCAAUACUGGUAGAUCUGUCCACGUGUCAAGAUUCUGCAGUACCGGCUCCAAUAUCUCCUCCUCGUUGCAAUUUGAACUGGUGCCAUGUCUUGCGGACAACUAUGCUUAUAUAUUACACGACGAGGAUACUGGUACAGUUGGUGUGGUUGACCCUUCUGAAUCUCUACCUGUUAUAAAUGCCUUGAAGAAGAAUGGUCGAAACCUAACGUAUAUAUUGAAUACACAUCACCAUUAUGAUCACACUGGUGGUAACUUGGAAUUAAAAGACAAGUAUGGUGCAAAGGUGGUUGGCUCAGCUGUAGAUAGGAAACGGAUUCCUGGGAUUGAUAUAGCUCUGAGGGAUGGUGAUAAGUGGGAGUUUUCUGGCCAUGAAGUCCAUGUUAUGGAAACUCCUGGCCACACAAUAGGCCAUAUUAGUUUCUACUUUCCAGGAGCAAGAGCAGUUUUCACUGGCGACACCUUGUUUAGCUUAUCAUGUGGUAAGCUCUUCGAAGGCACUCCAGAGCAGAUGCUAGCUUCGCUUCAGAGGAUAGCUGCUUUGCCAGAUGACACAAGCAUAUAUUGUGGUCAUGAAUAUACACUGAGUAACUCCAAGUUUGCGUUAUCUAUAGAACCAACUAACGAUGUACUCCAGUCUUAUGCAGCCUACGUUGCAGAGCUCCGUGACAAGAAGUUACCAACGAUUCCAACAACGUUGAAAAUGGAGAAAGCAUGCAACCCGUUUCUCCGCACUGGGAAUAUGGAUAUACGCCGGGUUCUAGGUAUUCCAGAGACUGCAGAUGAAGCAGAAGCUCUGAGUGUUAUAAGAAAAGCAAAAGACAAUUUUAAAUCUUAA